AUGGCAGAGGGCCGCGGUGAUCAUGUUCGAAACCUUCAAGGUCCCUGCCUUGUGCUUCUCCAAGUAAGCUGUGCUCUCCCUUUACGCCGCAGGCCAGACUUCAGGCUCGUGCUUCAACCUGAGUACACAAAUUCUAAGAUUCUAAUGGAGUUUGUUUCGGUGAUGACGAAAAUGCGUCGUUCUUAUUAUUUGGGUUUCAUGCUGAAGUCCGGCUACCAAAUGAGCCAAGCUGCUCCGGUCUACAAUGGCUAUGUGCUGCCCCACGCCAUCCAGGAGCUUAAGCUCGCUGGGCGGAACGUGACGGAGUACCUGACACGGCUUCUAACAGGGAUCUUGAGCCAAAGAGGUUAUGUCUCUAACCCCGCCGAGGAGCAACCAAUCAUCCGCGAAGUCAAGGAGAAUCACACGUGCGUGGCUCUAGAUCACAAGCAGGAGCUUGCCACAAGCAGUUCAACAAUCAAGGAGUACAGGUUACCUGAUGGACAAGUGAUAACUAUCGGGAACGAGCGCUUCCAAUUUGCCCAGUUCAUGUUCAAUCCAGCGCUUGUCCAAAUGAGCGCCCCUGGAAUUCACGAGAUCACACACGCUUCGAUCUCGAAGUGCAACGCCGACAUCCAAAAAGACCUGUUCCGGAACAUGGUGCUCUCAGGGGGAUCGAGUGUGUUCCCAGGAAUGGCCGAACGCUUCAGCAAAGAGAUUGCCCAUCUCGCACCCUCCAGCGCCGAAAUCAAAGUGGAAGCUUUUCCUGAGAGGAAGUACGCCGUCUGGAUCGGAGGAACGUCGCUUCUCUUGGCUCGUUUCAGCAAGUAACUCGACAUAUCAGUCGGAAAAUAUCUAAUCUUCUACUUUGGAACUUCCCGACAAUUGCUUCAUGACGGCUAUUGGUAUCCGCUAUGUUCCGU